AUGUCGAACUCCGAGCUCGCCGUUAAUGAUGUUGUACACAAGAAGAAAUCAAAGUCGAAGAAGGAGACACCCGUGGCGGCGAAGAUCGACGCUACGACAGACGACGCUAUGGUGGUAGAUUCGUCAAAAAGUGACAAAAAGAAGCGCAAGAGAGCAAAGAAGGAGGAAGCGGACGAUGACAAAACCGAGCUUUCUGGUGAUAUCCAGGACCCCCAACCUAAGAAACGACGGAAGCACGAUGGGAAGAAAAAGUCAAAGAAACGACAAGAUGCCUCUGAACCCUCAGCAAACGACCCCGAGCCCUCGACUUCGGUGUUGCCGACUGAUGUCAUGGAAGUAGAUGCCUCAGGAACCAAGACCGGCAAGAAGGACAAGAAGAGCAAGAAGAAGAAAGCCAAGAGCGCUACUGACGAGUUACCAACCGAACCUACUAUCGAAGAAACAACACCUUCUGGUACAGCCGACAAUGUCGAAGGGAAACUCAAGAAGAGCAAAAAGAGGAAGAACACGGUCAAGACAUCACAAAAUGAUGCACCAUCGUCAACGACCCUGCCUUCGACCUCGUUAUCGGAAUCCGAAGCCGCCGCGUACCUGCAAACACACGAAAUCACCAUUCAUUCCGCAGAAUCUCGAAUCACUCCCAUCAUAAAAUUUUCCAAUUUGCCGAUACCUAAGGAACUCCUUGCUGCCUUCAGUGGUACAUUCAAGGAGCCAACACCGAUUCAAGCUUGUACUUGGCCUGCGGCGUUCAUUGGGAAGGAUGUCGUCGGCAUCGCCGAGACUGGGAGUGGUAAGACACUGGCCUUUGGCAUCCCCUUACUCUCCCGUCUCUUGGCAUCUCCGCCUUCUUCACCUGGUGUCACAGCCCUGAUAGUAGCCCCUACACGAGAGCUCGCCGUGCAGACACACGACACACUCUCUGCCUUGGGAGAGCAGUUUGGAAUCGGAUCUGUGGCCGUAUACGGCGGUGUAUCCAAAGAAGCCCAGAUAAACUUACUGAAAGCUAAGCAAGGGAAAAAGUCGAAAACGACAACCAGAAUUGUGGUCGGCACUCCCGGGAGAAUUUUGGAUCUUUCGCAGGAUGGCACUUGUGAUCUCUCUAGUGUCGACUACCUCGUACUAGACGAGGCGGACAGAAUGCUUGAUAGAGGGUUCGAGAAUGAUAUUCGUCGCAUCAUCAGCUUCACCAAGCAAGGGUCAUCUCGACAAACCAUGAUGUUCAGUGCGACUUGGCCAGAGGCCGUCCGACGCCUAGCGAGUACCUUCCAACAGGAUCCUGUGCGAGUGACGGUCGGGAGCGACGAUCUGACCGCUAAUACCCGCGUUGAACAAACUGUUGAGGUAUUUGAUGAUCCACGAUCCAAAGACACGCGCCUACUUAACCACUUGCGUUCUAUCAAAUCAAAAACGGCUGGCAUCAAACCCCGAAUCCUUGUAUUCGCCCUCUACAAGAGGGAAGCGUCGCGUGUUGAACAGUCACUACAUCAGAAGGGGUUCAGUGUUGGGGCCCUCCACGGUGACAUGUCUCAAAAUUUGCGACUAGAAGCCCUAGAAAAUUUCAAAAACGGCACCACCCAAUUGCUCGUUGCUACUGAUGUCGCCGCCAGAGGUUUGGAUAUCCCCAACGUGGAAGCAGUCAUCAAUUACACGUUCCCCCUGACGAUCGAGGAUUACAUUCAUCGAAUUGGCCGAACGGGGAGAGGUGGGAAGAGCGGCAAAUCGAUCACAUUCUUCACAGGCGAGGGCCACGAAAAGGCCCUCGCUGGUGAACUUGCUCGGGUAUUAAGAGAUGCGGGCUUCGAGAAAGAGUGUGAAGACCUCCGAGAGAAGUUUCCGAUGACGAUCAAAAAGAAGACACAUAGUGUCUAUGGGGCUUUCUAUAGAGACGAUAUACCGGCGCCCAAAGGUCCCACCAAGAUUGUCUUUACCUAG